ACAGGGGGGGUUUAUACUUUGCUCAGCUCUGUGGUCUGCCAACAGCUCCGGUCUUUCUCAGGUGCUUUUCAUCCUCACCGAUCAAUGUUUGGCCAGACCAGGCUGGGGUCUCUCUCGAGGCGUGGGAUGCCGUCUCGUGUAUGUACCGUCAUUUGUUGGCCGAGUGGCGCGUCGAUGUAGUCGAGGAUGCGUCUGCGGACGCGGGAUGCAGCUACCUACGCCAACAUGCCGGAUGGCACCGCACAAAUGGAGAGGUACAUGAGCUCGGUGUAGCCAUCGAAGCUCGCCGAUUUGAGCGUACAAUGCAAGUCCAAGGGAGGGUUUAGAUGUAAGUACCCUGACCUCAGACACGCCAGCCAACAACGCAUUGGACCCUAGUCCCAUCUCCAUCCCAAGAUGCGCCCAUUCCCCGCGCUGCUCGAAGGAGGCCUUAUAUAAAGCUACCCAUUCCACCUCCGGGAGCUUCACAUCGAAGCACCAAAUCAAGCUUCCCCUCACUUCACUUGUCCUCCAGUGAGUCUCUAGUGUACGUUGUUAGCUUCCGUCGUUGUUCUGCCACCCCCUGUAAUAGGCUGAGCUUCACUUAUACUGUCGACAUUCGCUAACUGAGCAUCAAGCUACGAUAGCACACCUACCACCCUCGAGCACAAGUCAAAAACUUUUCAACAUGUCGAACCUUCCCAAGCAGAUGAAGGCUCUCCGCUACGAGAAGCCCGAGGAUUGGUCAAUUGUCCAAGUUCCUCUUCCAGAGCUUCGGGAGAAUGAUGUUCUGGUCAAAGUUAGAGCUUGCGGUGUUUGUGGUACUGACUUGCACAUUCACGAGGGAGAGUUCAUUGCAAAGUUCCCCUUGAUCCCUGGCCAUGAGACUGUUGGUGUCGUUGCCGCCGUUGGACCUAAAGUCAAGGACUUCAAGGUUGGCGACCGUGUUGCUGCCGACAACAGUGAACUUUGCAAUGAGUGCUUCUACUGCCGACGUGGAGAGCUUUUGCUCUGCGAGCACUUCGAGGCUCACGGUGUCACAAUGAACGGUGGUUUCGCCGAGUACUGCGCGUACCCUGCCGGCAAGGUCUUCAAGAUCCACAACCUUAACGAUGUCGAUGCCACUCUUCUCGAACCCGCCUCCUGUGCCUGCCACGGUCUGGACAAGAUCCGGCCCCGCCUCGGAUCAAGCGUCCUCAUGUUCGGCGCCGGCCCCACCGGUCUCAUGCUUGCUCAACUCAUGCGCCACAACGGUGGUUGCAAUGUCACCAUCGCGGCCCCUCAAGGUCUGAAGAUGGACCUCGCUCGCAGCUUGGAUGCUGCCGACAACUACAUUGAGCUGUCCCGCUCCGACCCCCAGGUUCAGUUCACCCAGCUCCAGAAGGACCACCCGUACGGCUUUGACGUCGUCGUUGAGGCUACCGGUUCCGUCAAGAUUCUGGAGGAUGCCAUCAACUACGUCCGCCGCGGUGGCAAGCUUGUCGUCUACGGUGUCUACAGCAGCUCUGCCCGUGUAUCAUGGCCCCCCUCCAAAAUUUUCGGUGACGAGAUCACGAUUCUCGGCUCCUUUUCCGAGACCUACAUGUUCCCCGCCACCAUUGACUACCUUGACUCGGGCAAGGUCAAGACCAAGGGUAUCGUCAACAAGACGUUCAAGCUCGAGCAGUUUGGCGAGGCUCUCGAGUCCAUCAAGAACAAGAGCGCCAUCAAGGCCGCGAUUGUUUUCGAUGACGCUACUGGAGUGUAAGGGCUCUCUGUGCCGCAACGCAAGCAUGACAGAACAGACUGGUUUCUCUCUCCCUUUUGUCACUCUCUCUCCCCAAGUAUGAAGUUGCCUUUGACUGUUCGUUGUUGUUUAAAAACAAAAAAGUGUCUGCUUGGCUCAUCUCAUUUCGUUACUUAGACAAGCAUCGGAUCGGAGUCAGAAGCUGGUGGGACGGCUGUAGGGCAAGACGGUGGUUGGCGAAUGGUGAACUUGCAAAAAAAAAAAAAGUGGUCGGCGGCGCAGAAGAGGUGUUGCUUGAAUGAUUGAUGACUUUGAUGACGACUUUGGGAUCCGGUGGUUGAGGGAUUGGUUGAGGUUAGCGUAUCGCGGCUCGGCGGUUGCGGAGUUUUGAAAGGGGAGUGAAUCCGAGAAACCAAAAACGAAAAAGAAGAAUGGCACCCUCGAUGGGUUUGAGGGACAGAGAGAAGCUUGCUCUUGUUCUGUUAGUCUUGUUCCUUACCCAGUUUUCCGGCUCGACAAUGAAAGAGCGAUGAAUCACCACGAGUUUCCGUUCGAUUCCAGACCUGAGUCCGGAAACGUAUUCGUGUGCCUUGGACUGGAAUGUUUUGGUUUACGCAGGCCCAAAUCAUUUCUUCUCAUCUCGAUUUCCCGAGCAAGACCUAUCUUACCAAAGAUGAUCUACGCAGUGUUUACUCCGCAUCAUUCAUCCGGCGCACAUGGGACCGAAGCCUAUUCCCGUUUCUUCUCGUUCGUAACCUCGCUGCCUCUCCGCACUUCCUUCACAUUAGCUGGGCAAAUUCAUCACCCUCCCCCUCCCCCGCCCUCGC